GGAACGGGAAAGAACAGAGGAGCGUUUGUACUUUUUUGGAAACGACUGAACAUCUGAUGGCUUUGUUUCUGCUGUCUUCACUUCUGCUCUUUACCACUGUGACAUCAGAGCAAGACAAUGUAUGUUUUGUACCUGAGUUGGCUGCUAAUCUUGAGAUUGCUGAUCACCAGGAAUACUUUAACCCUGGUGUAGGGUUAGCACUGUCCUGUAAACUGGGAUACACCCCUGUAUCGGGGCCUCGCAAGAUCAUUUGCACUGUCAGCGGAGAGUGGACAAAAACCAAAUUAAUGUGCAUACCAAAGAGAUGUCCCUAUCCCGAUGCACCAUCUAAUGGAGAUUUGUACUAUGAGGAUACAGUGUACCAGAGUGAGAUUAACUACACCUGUAGUGAAGGGUAUAUGUUGACUGGAGCCAGCAAUGCUGUGUGCCAGGCCAAUGGAACGUGGAGCACCCCUGUGCCAGAAUGCAUAGCUGUGUCCUGUGCGCUGGCUCCGGUCCCACAGUUUGGAAUGGUCAUUUAUGAUAAAAGGGUCAGAGGGAGCACAACUGAUUAUCGUACCACUGCAGUCUAUAUAUGUCGGCCCCCAUAUGCAGUCUUUGGCGAUCCAAUAGCAGAGUGCACAGCAAAUGGUACCUGGACCAACACACCUGAAUGUCGAGUAGUGACCUGCCCUCCACCAGAGAACAUUGAAAGAGGCUACAUGUCAAGCAGUGGCAAGCCAGAUUACGAUUACAAGGAAACAGUCAAAUAUGGCUGCGAAGGCGACCACGUACUGGUGGGGAAUUUGGAGAUUGUUUGCCAGGCAGAUGGGACAUGGUCUGAGAAGCCAUCCUGCAAAGCUCCUUGUAGUGUAGGUAUACAGAGAGGAAGAAUUUUACACAAAGGAAAAAAAAUCUGGGUGAAACAUCUCCAACCCAACCUUGUCCUACACCAAGAGGUUGUCUCAGUCUACUGCAUGAACAAGGACAGAAACUGUGGCUAUGCUGUCCCAACCCAGUGCUUCGAUGGGACACUCAGAAUUCCUGAAUGCUUUGAAGAACCCAGUGCGCUUCAGUAUAACUUAAAUGCAAGUUCACUGCCAUCAGAAAUUGAACAAUGCUGAAACAGUGGUUGAUCCUGCCUCUCCCGAGAUCACUGGAGGAUGGAAAAGAUGACUGUUGUGCUCCCUGAAAUAAAGAAUAUGGUUUUAUGCAACUUUAUUGUAUGUAAUGCAAUGCAAUAAAAUCAGUAUUCAGUACUUAAUUCUACUAAAUUUAAGCAGAAUCAUUCUUCAUUGGAAAUGUAUGUUUUUUUAUACAUUGUACUUUUUCCCUUUGAGACAAUGAGGGAAAUGACCUGAAUAAAGACACCAAGUAUGAUAAUUUGCAUAAUUC